CUUCAAAUUUCUGUGUCUUAUUCUUCUUCAUCUUCUGUGUUUUCUCUGUCAAAACAUUACUCUGUUUCAUUGGCUUUCUAAUUUGGUUCAACAUUCUGUAACCGUUGCUUCAGCUUAUAUAAAUUCCCGCCAACUUUAUUUCAUGAGUUGGAUUAAUCUGAUAUCGUAGAUCUGCCUAGUUUGGCAAUGGAGAGAUUUUCUCAAAGAGAAAGUGUUCUCUUGGGUUAUAGUCCUCGAAGUUCAUUCAUCAAUGACGCUGCAUCUCCCAGUUUACCUCACAGAAACUCAGAUAUUGAUUUUAACGACGUAUUUGGUGGGCCACCUAGGCGGUCUUCCAUGCACGAGACGCGGUACAGUUUCAAUGAAGCUACAGAUCAAAACUCUGGGCAUGAACAUGAUGAAGCAGCUGGUUGGAAUGGUCUCAGCGAGAAGCCAGUGUUUGGGGAAGAAGUUUUGAUUCGGAGAAGGCAUCAGCGUGAAAAUUUCUUUGAUGAUAUUUUCAAAGGCAACGAGUGUCUGAGUUCUUCUCCGAGGAAGCGUGAUUGGGACCCAUAUUCUUCUUCGCCUAGUUCUCGAGUUUUAAGCCCUGCCAGGCCUCUGCCACCUAAAGCUGAACCAUUCGGGAGUUCACUUCCAGCACAAUUCAGCCUCCCUGCAAAAUUGACGAUAGGGACGGAGCUUGCAACAUUUGCUUCCACUUAUCGUAGCCCGUAUAAAAGCAAGGAUGGAGCUUCAAGUGUGAUGAAUUUAUAUCCAUCUACUCUUUCAAGAUCUUCAAGCCUAAAUCUUGAUCAGGAGGAAAGAACUGAUGCUCGAUCUUUCAAUCGUCAAAGCCUUUUAUCCAGGGAGUUAUCAGAUUUGACCAACUAUGAUGGAACAGACACAGGAAGUGAUUCCAAGAAGGAAUCAGAUAAUUCAAAAGCUCUGACAAAUAAGAGUCAGUUUCACUUUUCAAUAUACAAAUGGGCUGGCAAGGGAGUACCACUACCAGUAGCUUUAGCUAUGCCUAUUAGAGGUGGGAAUAGUUCAAGAUUAAAAGAAAACAGUGAUGCUAAUGGAUCCUCCAGGCCUGAUGGAUGGAUAGCUAGUGAGAGAAUGGCGAAAGAAUUACCUGAAGAAACCUUGCUUGAUAAUAAGUCUUUCGAAAUGGAACAUAGCAAACAAGAUAAUGGCUUACCUUCUAUCCCACAAAGAGUUGGCUCUGACAAUUCUAUCUCACAAAGUACUGCAGAAGAAACCCAGUUUCAUUCUCAAUCUGAGAUGGGUUUGUCCGAUAAAAGAAAUGAAAUAAAGUCUGUGAUUGCUGAAGAAGGUCGCCAAUCUGAUUUGAAACCUCUAUUUUCUCUGUUUUUCGAUAAUGAUUUUGAACAAAGCAACGAGGAGAUGUCGAAAAAGGAUAGUAGAAAAGAAAGUACGGUGAAACUUUCUAAAGAAUCAUCUGUCGUCUCUGAUUCCACUAAAAUCCUGAAAAAACGAGAUGGAAAGAAGUCUACAUUGGACAAAGCAGAAGUUGGCAAGGCUAGCUUGCAAGGUUCAACCAUGAACUCAGGGGAUCCUGGCAAAAUCAGAGUUAAGGGAAAGGUUAAAGAGUUUGUUAAAAUCUUCAACCAGGAAUCAUUGGCAAAACCAGAAACUACUGUCAAGUGUCCCAGUCAGAGCUCUAGAUGGAAAGAAGGCACAGCCAAAGCAGACAAGGAAGUGAGUUUAAAGAAGACUGGUACAGAUGAGAAAAUUCACAGGCCCAAUGGGCACACGAAGAAAUCAAUGCCUGGUGCUCCUGUUAUGGUUGAUGAAUAUUUCCAACAGUCAGAAAAACAGCAUUCUUCUUCCUUAAAGAACACCAACCAUAUUUCUGCAUCAAUGCCUAAUGAUCCGAAGGUCGAUGGAGAUCUAGAUGAAUCUUUUCGAGAAGACUUUCAGGUAAAGGAGCUAGUGGUAGAUGAGAGUAAAAUGCCACAAGCUAGCAAUGGUCCUGCAGAUAUCCAGGCCAUUGAUGCUAAAAUACGACAGUGGUCAAAUGGAAAGGAAGGAAAUAUACGCUCACUGCUGUCAACUUUACAAUAUGUUCUUUGGCCUGAAUGUGGGUGGAAGCCAGUUCCUCUUGUUAACAUAAUCGAUGGAAAUGCAGUGAAAAGGACUUAUCAGAAAGCUCUACUGUAUCUACACCCAGAUAAGCUUCAGCAAAAGGGUGCAGCUUCUCAUCAAAAAUACACUGCAGAAAAAGUCUUCGUUAUUUUGCAGGAUGCAUGGACUCAUUUCAACUCACUUGGUUCAAUGUGAUCAGAAAUUGAUGAAUUACAGUUAUGUCCGUAAUGAUUCUUGAUAAGAUCAUCAGGUGAUAGUAUUAUGGAAAUGUACAAAGUAAUACAAGAAUGUAAUUCAAACAUCGUUCUCACAUUGAAAUUUCCUUGCAUUUGUCAUA